AUGUCUGACGCUAAUAUUCAGCAAUUUAUGGCGUUGUCCAAUGCCUCUUUGGAAGUUGCCCAGGCUUAUUUGGCACAAAAUCCUGAUUUGGGAGACGCUUUAGACGCUUUUUAUGCCGCUCAAAAUGAUCAUUCAGAGCAUCCGAGCGAUUCUCAAGAGCAAGGGUUUUCGGGGUCUUCUAGGGAUGCAGAACCACCAAGAUACUCAUCUCCAGCUCCAAAGAGAAGCGAAGGCUCCACUUCUAGAUUUAAAAGUUUCUCAGACCUUGUGAGAGGAAACGCUCAAGAUGAAGAAGACGAACCAAGAAACACGUUCGCGGGCGGUGAAACAUCUGGUUUGGAAGUGGCUGAUCCAAACGACUCAGAUUCGUUAAUCAGAGACCUGUUGGAAAAGGCCAGAAGAGGAGGUGAAAGAGCAGCUAGCCCGAGCGAGGAGGAAAACCCUUCAGCAGCACGUCGUAAAUUGCCUAAUUUCACAGGAAAAGGAUUCAGACUGGGCUCAUCUCUUGAGGUACCAACUGAGGUUGCAAGCGAUAUUCCUGAGGAAUCAUUGCCGGCAAGACCAUCGAAAGUGACGCGCGAAAUUACGUUUUGGAAAGAAGGGUUUCAGGUCAACGAAGGAGAGCUGUAUCGAUACGACGACCCUGCCAACAGUUACUUUUUGAACGAAUUGAACCAAGGUCGUGCGCCUUUAAAACUGCUGAACGUGGAGUUUGGCCAAGAAGUUGAGGUGAACGUCAGAAAGAGAUUGGAUGAGAGUUUCAAGCCUCCAAAGCGCAAGAUCGGUGGUUUCCAUGGAAAAGGUCAUAGGCUAGGAUCACCGGUACUGGGAGAAUCUUUGUCGCCAGAGCCAUUCACUGCUCAAUCGCCAGUGGAAGAAAAUGUUGAGGAGAAGGAAAAAGCAGAACCUAAAGGUGAUACCAGUGUGCAAAUCAGAUACGCCACUGGCAAAAGAGAAGUUCUAAGAUGCGACUCGAAUAAUACCGUCAGAUCUUUAUAUGACCAUGUUAAAAAGGAAUCAGGUGCUAAUAAGACAUUCACGCUAAACCAUGCUUUCCCAGUCAAAGCCAUUGACAACUUCGACGGUAGCCUGAAAGACGAAGGUCUUUGUAAUGCUGUUGUGGUACAAAGGUGGGUCUAA